UCGAUGUGGAAGCACCUCAACUCAACCUGCACCAUGAACAACUCCGCUCGCUAGUUCGAACUUGAAUUCGAGCUUGCUCGUCUCCAGCAAGGCGAUAGGGAUGUGGCCGCAUACUUUAAUGAGGCCCAACUGUUAUGGACCGAACAAGAUUUGCUCACUGCAUCCCUUCGUUCCAAAGAAGCUUCGGCAGAGGUUAAGGCCGAGCGCGAUCAGACCUGCAUGCUCCAAUUCCUAAUGCGUCUUCAUCCCAAGCUUGAAUCUAUCUGCUCGACCUUAAUUAACAAAGAUAUCUUGAAGAUGGAUGGACUGCUAGGUCACUUGAUUCGUGAGAAGACCCGUAUUCGUACCCAAACUCAGCUUGACAUGCGACCUGGUGAAGCCGAAACCGUCUUGGCCGUAACAGGUUCUCCCGCUGGAGAUGGCAACACUCCUGAUGCUGACUUUGCUGUUGGCCGGCCCCAGUUUCAGCGCCGACUUCCUACCUCCAAGAUUAUUUGUCACCAUUGCCGUGAAAAGGGUCACCUUCUACGCAACUGUUGUCAUCGCAACUUCUGCAACUAUUGUAAGCGCCAAGGGCACAUCAUCUCGAACUGUACAUUGAUCAAGAAUCGUCCGCCUCCUCCUGAUCCUAGCUCCACGGGGGCCAGCUGCUCAUGCUACACAGGCCGUUGACGAUGCGGGUAAUGCUCUCUCCUCUACCGCCAUCGAAAAGAUGGUAAAUGAAGCUUUACAACGUUC